CAAUCUUAUCAUUUAUUGUGCAAAAUUUUUGGACGAGUGUUUUCGAUGAAUAAGUCGAGACAAAUUUUUUUCUCCUUUCUUAACUAUUUUGAAUAUUGAGUAAUAUGGAAUUCUUGUUGAUUCUAUUAGACGAAUUUAAAAUUCAAUUUUCAUUAUUAACUCUUCUGUUGAUUACUUAUUUGAGUUACUUAUGGAUAAAAAGAGAGAGAAACUUACCUCCUGGACCCUUGGGACUGCCUAUAGUCGGUUAUUUACCUUUUUUAGGACAAGAAGCAUAUCGUACACUUCACAACAUGACAAAUAAAUAUGGACCCAUUUAUAGUUUGUAUUUAGGUAGAAAGCUUGUGGUUGUCUUAGGGAAUUUCGAUGCAGUUAAAGAAGCUUUAUCAAAUAAUAAUAUUAUGGAUCGUCCGAAAAAUCCACCCAAUCAUCUGAUGCCAAACAGCACAAAUAUGAGUGUCUCAAAUGGAAAUAUAUGGAAGGAACAAAGAUAUUUCUCAAUUCAAGCUCUUCGAAAAUUAGGAAUGGCAAAGCAAGAAAUGGAAGAACAACUUCAAAGUGAAAUCCAUAAAUUGGUGGAAGAAAUCGAUAAGAAAGGCGACGAGUGCAUUAAUUUGGAUUCUUUUCUGUAUUCAAGUGUUUCUAAUAACAUUCUGAAACUACUAAUGGGCCGUUCUUUAGACUACGAAGAUAAAGACAGAAUCUUCUUGAACGAUCUCCUGAAGACCAUGACCAUGUUCUUCAGACCAACGAGAAUCCAUGCUUACUUCCCAUGGUUAAAGUCAUGGAUGAUCAAGUGGAAGAUAUGGGGUUACGAUAGAGCAGAGAACUUUAUGGAUAAACUUGGAAGAUUCAUUGAAAAACAAAUUGAUAAUCACAAGAGAACUUUGGAUCAAUACACGACACGUGACUACAUUGACGCUUACCUACAAUCUUUGGAAUCAACUAAAAUAGAAAACUCUUCAUUUUCUGAAAAAAUGCUGAAGGGAAACUUCCAGUCACUUUUCAGUGCUGGUAGCACACCAAGUAGGGCUACUUUGGAAUGGACGCUACUAUCCAUGAUCCUAUAUCCCCAGAUGCAGAAGAAAGUGCAAGAAGAGCUUGAUUCAGUCAUAGGAAGAGAGAGGCAACCAACAUGGGCAGACCAUGUUAAUUUACCAUAUACAUUAGCUGUCAUUUACGAGGCUAUGAGACAAAAUAGCAUUGUGCCCAUUAGCAUGCUUCGAUGCACUUCAACCAGAGUUAAGUUAGCUGGGUUUGAUAUACCAAAAGAUACAAUUAUUAUGACCAAUAUAUGGGGUGUGCACCACGAUCCAAAAAGUUGGGAAAACCCCUUUACUUUUAAACCGGAGCGUUUUAUUCAAGAUGGCAAAACGUUUAGACCACAGGAAUUCAUUGCAUUUUCAUACGGGAAGCGAAACUGUUUUGGUGAAGAUAUGGCUAUGAUGACGGUAUUUUUGUAUUUUGCAACUCUAAUGCAACGAUAUUCUAUCUCAUUACCUGAUGAAAGCAAAGAGGUUCAACAGGUUCUCGGCGUUGCAAGACUCGUUGUUUUGGAUAAUGUUCUCUUGAACAGAAGAAAAUGAACAUUUUGUUAGAAGUACUAAACAUUACACAAAACACUAUUUCAUUUAAUAAAAUGAUAAAAUCAAUAAGAAUGAUAACCAUACAAUAUUUCUAAAUGCUUAAAUAUCAUUGAGUGCUUGGAGUGAUAUAGUUAUAGGCCUAGUGAUUAGCCACAUUUCCCAAAUGUGACGUUUUUACUUAAAAGUGUUCUUUAGUAUUUUUCCCAGAUAGGUACUAUAAGAGUUUUCAGAAUUCCAAUAAAUUGAUUGGCAUCGAAA